AUGUCAUCUAUCUAUCUAUCUAUCUAUCUAUCUAGAUCAUUACCAACAAUUGGUGAGGCGAUUCAUCUAUCUAUGAGUGUUUUACUAUCUAUCUAUCUAUCUAUCUAUCUAUCUAUCUAUCGCAGUCUGUUCCUAUCUCUCUAUCUAUCUUUUAAUAACUAUUUCCGUCUAUACAUAUCUAUCUAUCUAUAUCAUUCUAUUCUUAUCUCUAUAUAUUUCUAUCUGUCUAUUUUACUAUCUAUCUACGUCUCCUAUUCUUAUCUCUCUCAGUCUGCCUGUCUGUCUAUCUGUAUAUCUAUCUAUCUAUCUAUCUACCUUUGUACGUCUGUUCACAUCUAUGUUUCUUCUCAUCUAUCUAUCUAUCUCAGCCUAUUCCUAUAUCUAUCUAUCUAUCUAUCUAUCUAUCUAUCUAUCUAUCUAUCUCAGUCUAUUCAUAUCUAUCUAUUACAGCCUUUUAAUAUCUAUUUCCGUCUAUUCAUAUCUAUCUAUCUAUCUAUCUAUCUAUCUAUCUCAGUCUAUUCAUAUCUUUUUAUCUAUUACAGCCUUUUAAUAUCUAUUUCCGUCUAUUCAUAUCUAUCUAUCUAUCUAUCUAUCUAUCUCAGUCUAUUCAUAUCUUUUUAUCUAUUACAGCCUUUUAAUAUCUAUUUCCGUCUAUUCAUAUCUAUCUAUCUAUCUAUCUAUCUAUCUAUCUAUCUAUCUAUCUAUCUAUCACAGCCUUUUAAUAUCUAUUUCCGUAUAUUCAUAUGA